CUCGGUCGGCUCAGUGAGUUACGAGUUGCGUCCGGGUUCGCCGUACGAACGAUAACGGGGGCGUCAAUCGAAUCGCGAUUGGGAGAGGAUUCUACCCCGUGCACCCUCUUCCCUCCUUGUCUUUCUCGACUACAGGCAACAGGUUUGAAUUUAUGGGACAAUAAAGAGUGUGGUGCGUAGUGCGCGUGUCUCUCUCUCUCUCUUUCUCUUUUUCUUUUCCUCCCUUUAUGGCUUUCUUUCCCGUUCUAGGCCGCUCUUUCUCUCGCGCAAACAUCCUGUCCUUUCGUGAAAAGAGGAGCGAGCGAGCGAAGACUAUCAAACUCUCAUAAAACUGUCAGCCGCGACCACCGGGCUGACUUAUGUGCGCCCCUUCCUUAGUCGCGGUUGGAGAACCACACGCUUCCAGGUUGGAUCUGUGCCUGUCGCGCGACGAUCACGAUUCUAUCGCGAGCCUUUUAACGAAAGAUCAGACGCACAAGAUCUCCGCAGCCUCGAGAAGAUACGGAAGUGAAUGCUCUACUCGCUCGCUCGUAUCGCCGACCCCGCGAAUAAUAUUACGUUAUGCCCGCAAUUGGCACUUUUGAGACUCACGUAUCAUUCCUCUACCCCCUACGCGAGUAGAGAUACGUAUGAUCGAGGUGAGAUGAAUUCACGAUCGAGGAUGAAGUCGACGGCGGUACGGCGAUAAAUGAAAUGGGUGAAUAGUUUUCGGUCGAUCGGUAAAGAACAAUCGCGCUUUCGUGUGUGCCACCCCUUUUCUUUUUCAUCCGUCUUCACCGCGAGGUUAUACAGUAGGGGGCGCGUGCGCGCGUAGCCCCCCUCGCAGAGCGGACGCAAGACUGCUUCUUGGUGACGUCGCGGCUAGAAGGCUGCAGAGGAGAACGAGAGAGCGAUCGAGAUACUUCUCCCCCACCAGCGGUUUUCAGAACUCCCGAAUAUCUCUCCAUUAGCCCCCCUGACGGUGCUAUCCCCUCUCCUUGACCCCUCUCUCGCCCUCUUUCUCUCUCUUACGCACACCCCUCUCAUCGGUUCCUGUCACGUCGGGUAGCAGCCAGGCAACACCACCACACGACGAGCGCCAGCGGCAGCGGAGACUCGACGGAGACGCAAGGAACGGGGUUGAAGAAUCGUACGCCGACGGAAAGACCAAUCAAGGUUUGACGAACGGCAGGGAUUGGUCGAGGCGCUCCUCUGACACGCAGAGAGCGCGGGCACGUGACAAGCUACCGCACACACCGGUCUUCCGUUGGAUCGUGACGAGGGCCUUCAGUACGAUAGCAGUCACCCUUCGCGCACGCAACAGGAACGGCGAACGCUCGCGCGAUAUACUCUUCACCCUCUGCCGUGGUGAUCCGCGGGUAUACGAGUAUACCGCGAUAUAGAAGUCGUCUAUCGUUAAGUGAACCAUCUGUGACAUCGGAGCGCAAUUAAUUGCCGCGCGAAUAAUUUGAACGCGCGCUUUGUACGAGGUGUUUUGAAUACCCUCGUAAUACAUUCGGCACUUUACAAAGUCGUCAUCAAUGGGACACCUCGAUAAGCCGUUUGUUACGCGCUACUGCACGGUGGGCCCACAAGUUCUCUGUAGGUAAUCGCGACUGCCGAGGUCGUAAAGAAGCAGAAGACAGUUUUAUAGCCCAGGCCCACGUGGCCCUCGUAAACUUGACUCGCAGGUCGGAUUCAGGCUCGACCCGCCUGCCGCCGCUCGUCUACCGCCUCUCUCUAUUAGUCUCGAACCCCUCGUUCAUUAUCGAAUCGUUCCGGGACGUGUUUCUCCACGUGUAGCGAGUCGUGAUAGCUGUGAAUCGUUCGACGAACAAGGUGUCAAAGGAACCGGCCGCGUAUGUCGCGCGAACGUUCUCGUCACGCACAAGAGUCAUCGAUGUGAUGAUAUGGGGUUCUAUACUUAAUGACGGCGUACGCGCGUUGUUUAAUCACGUCUCGAUCGAUCGAACGCGACGUCAUUGGUGUUUUCGCUCGUGAAUGACGGAACAUAGACGUGCAAGAGUAUCGGUACAGUGACAGUUGACGAUAGGUGGAAGGUACAAGGUGGAGAGAAUGAGUUCCUAUCAGUUCGUCAGCUCGCUCGCAUCAUGCUACGCGGGUCAACAGCCACAGCAGCAGCCGAGACCGACGCCGAAUUCGCCUGGAGAACCGAUGCAGGCGGCAUCGCCGGCCGGUGGCGAAUAUUACAAUCCGAAUGCGGCGUCCACCAGCUAUCCCGCGCCCUGUUACUCACCGCAACAGCAUUAUCCUCAGCAUCCCUAUGCCACGCCGGCCUCGGGGAUGCAGCAUACAGCGCCGACCGGGAUGAUAGACUAUACCCAAUUGCAACCGCAACCGCGACUGAACGCGACCACGACGUCGCAGCAACACGGGAUGCACGCUCAGCAGACGCAGCAUCAUCCUCAGCAACCGCAUCAUCCUCAGCAACAGUUGCACGCGGACCCGACGACACCGCUAUUGCAGGGCGCAUCGGCACCGUCAGCCCCGUCAACGUCCAGCUGUAAAUACGCCGAUUCGACGUCCUCCACCAGCGUGGCCUCCCCGCAAGAUCUGACCACGUCCACUUCGAGAAACAGCCCGACGCCCUUGCAAGUCGCGCCUGGGACGAGUAAAGCCGCAUCGGGCCUGACUUCUCCGCCCGGCAGCUCGUCAAGGUCGUCCGUAGCCGCGUCCGCUGCUUCACCGCCGAGUGGUAGCUCGAGGGGUGUCGGCGAGGGAAAUUCGACGCUUACAACGGCAUCUUCCGCUUCGUCGCCCGCUUCCUCCACGUCCAGCACAUCGAGCACGGGUAACAAUUCGUCCAACAAGGGCAACCCCUCUGGCAGUAACCCGCCACAAAUAUAUCCCUGGAUGAAAAGGGUUCACAUUGGUCAGAGCACGGUGAACGCGAACGGCGAGACGAAGCGGCAAAGGACCUCGUACACCAGGUACCAGACCCUGGAGCUGGAGAAAGAGUUCCACUUCAAUCGCUAUCUGACGAGGCGGCGUCGCAUCGAGAUCGCGCAUGCCCUCUGCCUCACGGAACGUCAGAUUAAAAUCUGGUUCCAGAAUCGGCGUAUGAAAUGGAAGAAGGAGCACAAGAUGGCGAGUAUGAACAUCGUGCCGUACCACAUGUCGCCGUACGGGCACCCUUACCAGUUCGCGCCCCACCCCGGCCAGUUCGCUCACUUGGCCACAUAGGACGAGUUCUCGCCCGCCGAGCUCGGAGCACACGCUGUCCGGUUUCCCGGGAUGUACGGCGAGCAGAACUUCUAAGGGCUUUUUCCGCCUUGUCGGACCCCUGCGCCAAGCCUGUCAACGGGGGCCCGAACCCCCCGGCAGACCUUCGAGGGGCCUUCGCUUCCAGUAGGACACGUGGUGCGUUCCGCCGAUUCCGCAAUGCGCCGAUGGUCGGUUGUAGAUGGAUUGUUGCGCAACAACGCGAGAGGAGACGCGAUCCUUCCUCCCUCCGUAUAUGUUAAUAACGUACUUAAAUUAUUUCGCGCUUAAUAAUGUUGAUUCGUGUGCUGAUUCGUCGUCAGCCUACGUGUAUAAGACGGGGGAAACUGAGCCUCGGGAGAGGAGAGAAUGCUUUCCUUCUCAGGCUGACGAAAAGCAAUUCCAUCCUCGCUCACCUUCGGCCUAUGCGGACACGCCAAGUACCGUACGACUAUUCGAAGUUGAAGGGAAGCCAAAAUUUUCUGCAUACGUAGCGCCGUGUUAACCCGAGUUAAUAGACUGGACGCGCUCCGAGGGGCUCUCUCUUCACGCACACGAGAUUAUAAAAAUAUUCAUACUAACGCGGAUGAGAGACCGUCUCAGCGGGUGAGAUAAGACCGAAUCCUCUAGUUUAAGAUGUAGAAAUUAGCGUCUAAGUAAUUAAUUAAUCAAAUAAUGAAUUAAUUAAUUAAUUAUCUUGUCUUAUCUGGCUGCGCACUGUUUCACCUAAGAUUAAUAAUUAUUACUGAUGAAAUAUAUUUAUUUAUUUUCUUUUUUUUUUCACACAUUAUUCUCUCUUGUGUUUGAUCCCUUUCGUCCCUGGAAAAAUGCUUCGCAAAAGACUCGAAAUAGAAAACAUAAUCUACGCUAAAAUCUUCAUGUAAUGGUUUGUAAGAGACGUCUCUGUUGAUAUUCAAAUUAUUUUUCGUCUCGAAAGGAAAGAUAACUUUUAAAAAUCUACAAUGUAUAAAUUAUGCUGGUUUUAUGAAAUAAAUGUAAAAAAAAUGAGAAAUAUAUAUGCUUUAAAACUCGUGGACUAUCUGCAUUUUAAGAUAAUAAUGGGAUUUUUAUGCAGCAUAACUUAUACAUAAUUAAAUUAAUACAAUAUUAUUGCGGCGUUAAAAUAACUGCAGAAUCAACAAGAACAUCCGGUACAUCUGACAUUUCGAUUUCUAAU